AUGUCUUCUUCAAAGCUCACGGCCUCCACUGUCCUCCUCCUAACCUGGGCUCUUCUUUUCCAAACAUCUUUCGGAGCCAAUCCUCUUUCCACUUUCUGUUCAAACCCCCAGAACUUCACCUCCAACACGCCUUUCGAUUCAAACUUGAAAACGCUCAUCACAUUUCUCACCAAAGAAACCCCUAUCACUGGUUUCGGUCAAGCCUCCUUUGGCCAAUACCCUAACCAAAAAGCCUACGGCCUCUCUCUUUGCCGUGGCGAUGUCUCUUCCUCGGACUGCAAAACUUGUGUCUCUGAAGCAACCACCGAACUCCUCAAACGGUGCUCCUACAGGAAAGGUGCCAUAAUCUUCUACGACCAUUGCUUUUUCAAGUAUUGGGACCAAGAUUUCUUUGGCCGCAUUGAUGACGCGCACGCGAUCUCCUCGUGGAGCUUGCAAAACGUGAGUGAUCCUGACGCUUUCAACAACAAGACGAAGGAGUCGUUGAGCCGACUUGCCGAGGAAGCUCAUGCGAACCCUAAGAUGUAUGCAGCGGGAGAGUUGAAGCUUGGGGAUCAUUGGAAGAAUAUGACGGUGUACGGGUUGACUCAGUGCACCAGGGAUCUUUCUAAAGACGACUGCAAGAAGUGCCUGGACGGUGCAAUCGCUAAACUUUCUGAUUGUUGUGCUGGUAAAAUUAGUGCAAGAGUUGUACGCGGAAGCUGCAAUGUCCGCUAUGAGAAUUACCCAUUUUUCAAAGCGUAGAACUUCAUGUCGGGUGGCCGGGGUUGAAGAUGAGCUAAGUUAUCAGCAUUAUAUUGUUGAGAUGCUAGCGGGCCUCGACCUUC